GAGCGUGUUGCUGCCAGCGCCAGGUCUCGGGCCCCAGGUCUCCGCGCUCCGGAGCUGCGAGCCGUCUGGGCCUACACGGCGGAGUGGGCGCGAUGCUGCUUUUCUGCCCGGGCUGCGGGAACGGGCUGAUAGUGGAGGAGGGGCAGCGUUGCCACCGCUUCGCCUGCAACACUUGCCCCUACGUGCACAACAUUACCCGCAAGGUAGCCAAUCGGAAGUAUCCAAAGCUGAAAGAAGUAGAUGAUGUACUUGGGGGAGCAGCUGCCUGGGAGAAUGUUGACUCUACUGCAGAGCCAUGUCCCAAAUGUGAACAUCCCCGUGCUUACUUCAUGCAGCUUCAGACCCGCUCUGCAGAUGAACCGAUGACCACCUUUUACAAGUGCUGCAAUGCUCAGUGUGGACACCGCUGGAGGGAUUAGGGCCAGCAUGGCCCAACUGCUUCAGUGUCUCCUUACCUAGUUCCCAGCAGUGAUUCCCAGCUUCAAGAACAGAUGGGAGUGUUCUGACAGUCUUUGUAGUGGGGAACUAAGCCUUCAGAAGUAGAGGGCCCACUGAGUCCAUCUGCCAGGCAGUAAAUGAAGUCAUUGGUGUCCAGAGAGGUUUGUGCAUGCAUGUGUGCCAGUGUGCCAAUACUGGGGCUUGAAAUCAGGGCCUGGGUGCUGUCCCUUAGACUUUUGUUUUUGCUCAGAACUAGCACU